CUGAAGUUUCUUGCCUCAGAAAUUAUCUUGAAUUGUGCUACAAGACCCCUUCGCAUCCACCCUACAACGUUCUUUCUUCUCAUCUGAUCAACCAACGAGCGAUUGCGUUUGUAUCAGACUCCAGAAUCAAUUUGAACUAUCGACCCGAGUGUGCACUAACUCCCGUAUCGGCCGAGCGUCUUUUGGAACGCCAACGAGCUGUGAUAUUAAACCAUACUAGGAUCUGGUGUAUUCAGUUGGACUGGCGUAAGCAAGUGGAAAAUCCACCUUGCGGACUUCGGGUUACGGAAUAUAUGACAGUUACUGGUUCCAGGGCGAAGGAAUCGCUUCGCUUAAGCGUGAACAAGCUCGCCCGUCCAAACGUGGAAAUUCAAAUUCGUCCAACGUGUACUGAUGGAGUAUGGGUAGCACCCUUGCCCAACAUGUUAAUUGUUGGUCUGUUCGCCGUGCUUGGCAGUUGGAUUGCAAACGUUUCAUCACCAACCGAGAGUGGCCAUUUGUACAGUGGAUACCUGAACAUUGUUAUCAACCCCGAGUACGCAAAAACGAUAGAGAAUCUGUUCUUUCGAUUUACUUGCAAAACCAACAACGAAAUCCCGCAACAGGUUCCCGGACAAAUUUUUGAACAGU